AUGUCCUUGCAGGACAGUGGAAGCAGUGAAAAUCCAUCAGAAAGUCAAUCAUUAACGAGUCUAACAACAAAUGAUGACGACAAGGAUGAAACUGACUGUGCGAAAAAGUUAUUCAUUGAACUUCGACCAAAGUGUUUAGACUUCGGACGCAGACCGGUUGGUAUCACGCACCAAGAAACUAUUUCCAUUUCAAUCAAUUUAAAAUACGCCGCUGCAAAUCGGAAGCCAGUAAAAUUGUUAUACCUUUCCUCUUCUAUUCAUGAUUUUCAAUUUGAUAAUUCUAGCAGGACAAUUUAUCCUCGAGAAAACAAUUCAAUACAAAUUAUUUUCCAUCCUCGUCAAUUUGGAAAAAGAGACGAGACCAUUUAUUUUCAUUUUUCGAUUGGUAAUCCAAUUCUUUUAAACGUAACUGGUAUUGGUAUAGCAAAUCCUUUCAAGUUGCCACUAUUCUUUGCCGCUAAGCUGCCGCUAAAUGCGUCUUAUUCUCCUUUAAUAAAAGUAUUUAACCCUUAUGAUACAACUUUGCAGAUAUCUGAAGUAUUUUCUAGUAGUGGUGAAAUUCAUCUUGAAUUUCCCACUGAAACAGCUGCUGCUAAACAUCCAUGGGUGAUUCCAGCGCAUCAAACUCAUACCAUCUCUCGCUUGGCCUUUUUAGGCGCAAUCGAAAAUAAUUAUACCGCUUAUUUAUGCAUUCAUACUAACGCUAGCUUGACUAAUAGUAGUAUUAUUGUGCCUAUUCAAAUUGAAGUUACUACAGCUCCUGGUUUAUUUAGUAUUACUAACUUAUUUGAUUUUGGAAUAAUCGAAGGCUCAGAUAAUAUUAAGACUUUUUAUGUUGCAGGAAUAAUAAAGUCUAUAGAUAUUUAUUUACUUCAUAUUGGUAAAAAACAAACUCAAAUAGCUGAUAUUUCUGUCGUUCCUUCUCAUGAAGCAGUCUCGGUCAAAUUUAAUAGUAAAGUUAAGCUUAAAUCGGAUGGCAUUUAUAGAAAAGUUGGCACCAUCCUUCUUGACAGUGAUAAAAUUAGCAAUGAAGAAUUCCUUACUGGUGUAAUAAAAAUUAAAUCAAAUAAUAGGCAUGCUUAUAAAUUAGAUAUUCCAUACUGUGCCACCAUACAUAAAGGGUGGUUAAAAUUUUCCAAAAAUUCGGUUACGAUACAAAUUAAAACUGGCACAACUUCCGUCAUUAUUCGGCCUUUAACUUUAGAAAAUCAUUUCCGUAUUCCUCUUUCCGUUAGUAAAAUUAAAUUGGAUAAAGGGAAAGCACUCGUAAAGAUAUCUCAAUUUUCAAAAUUUGAUGUUCUACUUGUUGGUAAAAUUGUCACCUUAUUUCAAUUCAACAUCAACUGCAGCAAGUAUAAAUCGCCUGUCAGCACCAGUCUAACUUUAUAUACCAACUUAACGUCGUUUCGGGUUCCUAUUCAAAUAUUUGAUGGCUCUUUAAAAUUUUAUAGAAAUAAGAUAGGAGUAUCAUCUCUCAACUUUGAUACAGUGGCUACCAACGAUAUACGUCUUGUUUCACUACUGGUCAAGAACAUUAAUCCUAUAAACAUCACUAUAUUAAAGAUUCGUAGUAGCUUAGACUGUAUUUCUAUAUUUCCUCAAAAUGACGCUAAAUUAGCUACUUUACAGAAUCCACUAAUCAUGGUUCCUGAGUUAGAAAUUAAUUUUACCAUUCGUUUGGAAUCACCAGAUACUGCUGGGUUGUAUAUCGGUCAAAUUGAAUUUAUUACCGAUCAUGAGGAAUUACAAUUACCUUGGAAGUUUAAGUCAGUCAACGUCAACAUUAGGCCAGGAUUAGAUCCGAUUGUAUUUUCACCUAGUUUUCCGAGUCGUAGGGAAAUUCAAACUCUAUGGAUGACAUCAAAUUAUCACCCAUUUACCAAGAUUAAAUCUAUUCAAUACGAUCCUAGCGAUAUUCGAUUUGAAUUUUCAUUUGCGAAUGAAAGCAGUUCGAGUUUAAAGGGUGAUGAAUCAACACUAGUUGGCUAUUUGUCAUUUAUCCCAUCAAAAGAUAUCCAAUAUCGUUAUAUAGGUUUAAAUCAACCCGAAUUAGAUAAUGCGGCAUGGAUUAAAAGCUUGCAAUUAGAUCAAGAGACUACAGCUGUUGAUAGGAGGUUUUAUAAUAAAUUACAAGAAAAAUGGAAGUAUUUAGAGGACAAUGGUUUAACAUCAAGUGUCCACCAAUUAAAAAUCGAAACCGACAUUAUCGAAAAUAUAAAUGUAACUGUUCAGGCUUCUCUAAUGUGGCCGUCAAUUAUCACUACUGAAGGACCAAUUAUUUACCCGCUAACGCACCCGAAAAAUUAUUCUUCAAAGGUUGUUGCUUUAGUUAACCCAUCUGAUCAGAACAUAAUAGUACAAGCUGUUUUACUACCUGACUAUCCAUCGCAACAAGCUGCUCUUGAUAUUAUUGAAGAUGGAGUAGUUAUUGAUACAGAUUCACAAUCAUUGAAUGGUUUCAAAUUGCAAAUGGCUGCGCAUUCCGAUUACGAAAGUAUUUCUACCAUUGAUGGAAUUAAAAGUCAUCCCGCUUCAUUGUCAUUUUUAUUAAAACCGCGUGGUCGUGCUAAUAUUACAGUAUCCUUUACACCAUCAGACUAUCGAGUCUCAUCAACCUUUCUCCUAAUUAGGAAUAAUUUAACUAUCAUAGACAGCAUAUUAUUACAAGGGCAAGGGGGCCGAGGAGAAUUGCAACUGCACGGUGAUAAUAUUUCAUGCAAUGGUAGUUUGCAAUUUGUUGCGCAUCCUUCCGAUCUCUUGCACUGCUCAGACAAGAAAUCAAGCCAUUUUAAUACAGCAUCUAAAUUUGAAAUUUUGAGCAAAUUUAUAAUGGAAAAUAGCGGAAAAUUGCCUAUUUUUGUUAAAAAAAUGGACAUUAAUGGUUUUGAAUGUUCUGGCUAUGGAUUUGAAAUUAAAAACUGUACAUCAUUUCUACUAAAUCCGAAGCAUAAUAUACAAAUUGAUAUCGGGUUUGAACCAGAUUUCUCUAUAUCAGUGAUAGAAAGAACAUUACGUAUUCAUACUAGUGACGACGGAAUAAGAGAAUUUAAUCUUAUUGCUAUAUUACCUCAUUACCUAUUACCAAACUGUUCGUCCUUGCGGAUUACACCAUCCUGGAUAAACUGGACCAGCAAAAUUGCCUGGCUGAUUAUGACUGGAAUAUUAAUUUUUAUUGUUGGUUUGGCGAUGUCCAAAUCGAAAAAUAUUUCAAGACAAAUUCUUCCGUUGAUUUGUGAUGAUAAAGCAAAUGGGAACGUAGCUCACUAUUCACCCAGUACCGAUGUAUUCGACUUGAAAGCUUUGAUCAAUACAAAGCAAUUGUUUGAAAAUGCUGAAAAUUUGUUAGAUGAGUAA